AUGGCCGAUAUUUCCACCACACUCGCAGGCGUCAAGCUUCCUAACCUUCUUUUCAAUGCCUCAGGUGUUUGCUGUCAAACUGAAGCUGAUUUGAAGUUGAUGGUGGAAAGUGAGUCAGGAUCUUUGAUCACCAAGUCGGCCACUUUUGAACAACGUGAUGGCAACCCAUCUCCUCGUUACACUCCUUUACCCGGUGGUAUUGGUAGUAUCAACUCUAUGGGUCUCCCCAACGAAGGCUAUGAGUAUUACUUGAACUACGCCAAAAACUACGAUUACAGCAGCAAGAAGCCCUUGUUCAUCUCUCUUUCAGGACUUUCUUUGGCUGAUAAUGUCAAGAUGUGUGAAGCCUUUGUUGCUGCUGAUUUGCCCUGUGUUCUCGAGAUUAACUACUCUUGUCCUAAUGUUCCCGGCAAGCCUCAAAUGGGUUACGAUCUUGAAGCCAUGGAACACUCUCUGAGUGUAUUGGCUCCCCUCAUCAAGAAGCCUUUCGGUAUCAAGUUGCCUCCUUACUUUGAUAUCGCUCAUUUCGAUCAAGCUGCUGCUGUUUUCAACAAAUUUGAAAACUUGGCUUUUGUUACUUGCAUUAACUCUGUUGGUAACGGUUUGGCUAUUGAUUUUGAAACCGAGGAAGCUUUGAUCAAGCCCAAGGAUGGUUUUGGUGGUUUGGGUGGUUUGAUGGUGUUGAACACUGCUUUGGCUAAUGUCAAUGCUUUCCAUCGUCGCUUGCCUGGUAAGCAAGUCAUUGGUGUCGGUGGUGUUGUUAGUGGUAAGGAAGCUUUCCUUCAUGUGUUGGCUGGUGCCAGUGCUGUUCAAAUUGGUACUCAAUUGAAGGAAGAGGGUCCUGGUGUCUUUGCUCGUAUUGCCAAGGAGUUAAGCGAUAUCAUGGUCGCUAAGGGUUACAAGACUCUUGAAGAUUUCCGUGGCAAGGUCAAAACUUUGUAA